UUUCUGAUUUGUACCAGGAAGUAACGUGUUACAACAAUCCUUAGACAUUUGAAGAACGCUACGAUGGGCUGAGUGAGAGGAAUCUGAACUGCAUUAUGGAAAAGUAUUUUGCACUGUGCCUUUUACUGUAUGUUUUCGCUGGCUGUUUUGCUGACGAUCUCACUUACUUGAACGGGUUCUACUCUAAAACGCCUCAGAGGUUGUCCAAAUACAGCUGGUUCGGCAAUGUUCGGCUCCAUCACUUCAGAGUACCGGAAGAUGCGGUGCUCGUGCGGUGGCUGCUCACGGUCUCACGGGGAUCCGGACUGAACUGUGGCAACCAGGACAUCACUGUGCACUUUAGGGCAGGAGCGCCCCCGGUCAUCAACCCCAUAGAAACAGCCUUUCCAAACUCCACAUCAGUGUCUCUUGCUCACAACUUGACGCUGACCAUUCCCAGUGGACAGAGCGGCAAUGUGACAUUGUUCAAUGUGACCCAUCCCAAAUCUGGAGAUUGGUUCCUUGCUGCUCACCUGCCCAAGGAUGAAGGAAAGAUUGAGCAGCAGGGACUGCCAUCUUGCUCAUACCUAUUCCAGGCACAGAUGUUUUUAAGAAGAGCUGCUGACCUGCCAAUCCUGCAGUACAACAUUCCACUCUACCAAACACUAACUACAACUCCAGCUCUGUUUAAAGUUUUUGUUCCAGAGUUCUCUUCAAGGUUGGAUGUUUUCAUCUUGAACUGUUCUGUAAAGCUGGGAAAUGAUUGCGGGCUGUCAAUCACUGUAGGCUCCAACACUUUGAAGCAGGGCUCGGAGGUGAAACAGAACUGUUCAGGGUUAGAGAGCUGCUCCGCGUCAGUCCUCAUUCCCCCGUGGAACAGCUGGUUGCUGGUUACGGUUGAGACUAGUCAACCAAACACCACUAUACCCUUCAGCAUCUCUGCCAAUGUUACAGUGGGAUGUAAACCUUUGAGCGUCUCUUCAGAUUUCAACACCUCAGCCUUCAUUCGUACCAUCAUUGCUCCCCAAAGCAACACCUCUGGUGGCCUCACUAACACAUCCGUUUCCAUGAGAGACCAACCGGGCCUCCGUGCUAACAGCUCUGAGCCAGUGUGCAUGAGAAGCCCUUCAGUGUUCAGAGAUGAACAGGAUGUGCUAUCACUACGCUUCAUCGUUUCCAGCAGCAACCUAACUGUGACCUCAGACCUUCCAACGGUGCUCACACUUGAGCACUCUCCUGGUGAUAGUGGCGGCACGUUUGUUGUACAGCUCCACUUGAACACUAGUUCUCCGGUGGGUGGAUUUGCUCGUGUCAAAGCAUGUCUUACACCUUUUGCACCAGUACUUCUUCUCAACCGCAGCCAGACUUGUGCUACAGGGCUUAUGCAGGGCUAUUCUCUGAGCGUGAGCAGCAGUGAAUCACAGGCAUUGUUGAGGAUUCCAUUCCCAGAUGCAGGAGUGUGGUACCUCAGCCUCCAGACCGUGUGCAAUGACAGUGUCGACUGCAGGAAUGCAUCAGCUAUAGUGGCUGUGUCUGUGAGCGUGACUGCUUGCAUUGAUGACUGUGGGCCGUACGGAGAGUGCAGACUGCUACGUACACACAGCUACCUCUACGGUGCAUGUGUGUGCAAAGCAGGUUGGCAGGGAUGGGGUUGUACGGAUGGAGCGACCGCACAGUCGUACUCUCGGCAGAUGGCUGCGGCUCUUCUCCUCACCCUCAGUAACUUUUUCUUCAUCCCACCCAUCGUCGUAGCACUUUACAGAGGCUACCACGUCGAGGCCGCCAUCUACUUCUUUACCAUGUUUUUCUCCACGUUUUAUCAUGCGUGUGACCAGCCUGGUGUGACUGUGAUGUGCAUCAUGGAUUACGACACUCUUCAGUUCUGUGAUUUCUUGGGUUCUGUUGUGUCAGUGUGGGUGACCAUAGUGUGCAUGGCACGGCUUCAGGAACCAGUAAAAUAUCUAUUGUUUAUGGCGGGCACUCUCGUCAUUUCCAUGGCAAUGCAGUUGGACCGCAGGGGGCUGUGGAACCUUCUAGGUCCUGUCCUGUUUGCUUUGGUCAUUAUGGUGACUUCCUGGGUUUAUCGAGGUGUGAAACGCCAUCAGUGUUACCCUCCGUUGUGGCGCCGCUGGGUGUUGUUCCUGCUUCCGGGCAUCGUCUCUGCAUUAAUUGGAGUUUGUGUGUACGUCUUCGCUCAGACCGACAGCAACUACUACUACACUCAUUCUAUAUGGCAUGUCAUGGUGGCCACGAGCGUGGUCUUCCUCUUACCACCCCGUGAAAAACACGUUCCCCCCUGGGGCUGGACCAACAAAAUCUGUAGUUACAGGAGAUGUAAAAACGAGAAAGUAGAGCUUUACACUGUCACCUAAUUACACUAUCGGUAUUUGCACAAACUGGAUUUUCAUGUGCAUUUUUAUAGUUUUACAAACAUUAGUAAUUAGCUUUAAGAAAGAAAUUAAGCUUUAUCUGAAAGAUUCUCUUCUGCAGUCAACAGUACGACUGCACACACAUGCAAAACUACUUAAAGGAAUAGUUUACUCAAAAAUGUUAUUUUUACUGUCAUUCCAAACCCAUAAACCAAAUCAAUGGAACACAACGGGAGAUUCUUGACCACAUAAAUCAAGUAAAAACAAUCAGUGAGUAAUGACUUAUUUUUGGUCCGUUUCUUUUAACAUAAAUUUAUUGUAUGACUUCAGAAAGCUUGGAAUAUAGUCAUAUAGACUAUUUUUAUAGUGCUUUUUGGUGAACCAUAAAUUCUCUUUUUGUGUUUCAUGGAAAAAAAAAAAAAGGUUUGAGUGACACAAGGGUGAGUAAAUAAUGACAGUAUUUUCAUUUUUGAAUGAACUAUUCCCUUAAACAGGAUACUUUUACACUUUUUAACUUUUCAAGUGAGUGAUCUCACGGAAAACAACAGCAAUGACAAUAAUGAGUAAAUGAAUGAUGUAAACGAAAGGCAUUUUAGUGAAUGUUUCACCUAUUUCGCCCAGUUUACUCCAUUAAGCACUUUUGUGAGGUUUAGUUUAUUGAAGAAUCAGUUUAUCAGUUAAUUACACUGCAUUUAUGCAAUUCUUUAUGGACAAAAUGUCAUUUUUAUCUCUUUUGAGAGAAAGCACUACUGAUUUCUAGAUUUAUUUAGCACUUUCUUCAGUUGAUUUAAGAGUAGCGCCACACUGAAUCUGCACCAACAAAACUCGGAUUGUUUAUACAGAAAAAAGUCUAAACGAAGACGGAAUUUACUUUUUAGGGGGAAAUAUUCCUUUGAAUAAGUUAAAUCAUUUUCACGGAAUUCUGGAGAUAUUCUUUUAAAAUCAGCACAGAAAAUCAGGAACCAAAAAAAUAGCAGAUUCUGUCUGGACCUACUUAUAACGCUAAGGAUCUUGUUGGGCAUUUUCAUUACCAGAGAGGACUAUUGUCUGUGUUUCUGAAUUAUUGUUUGCUUACACUGGAGAACAGGUACAAUAGUUACUCGUUUAAUAGCCAAAAUUGUUUUACACUAUUAUUUAUGCCACUGUCAGGAAUGUACAAGAAAAUACCUCCCUUCUUCCUCCCUAAAAGCCUUGGAAUUUUUCUUGAGAUGUUGCUCCAAGAGGAAGAACAUUUUAAACUUGUUUAAAUCUGUGCUUGCUAAAGCCAGUGUGUGAAACUGUGCUUGUAUGCCGGUAUGAAUGGCUGUGCUUCUUAAUAGGCUAAAGAUGCGUGUGUUUGUAAUGGGUAUCUGAUGUAUGAUGACCUGAUGUAUUUAAGACGAACCUCUGUAUUGGUCAAGGCUUUACAUAGAUAUGCAUAACACUGUACUUCUGAACCCUCAGGCCAGUUUAAACUUGAAAAGGCAUCUGUGGACAUUGUUUUAAGGUUUAAAUUUACAUUGCAGCUGUCCUUUAAAGCUCAAAUGUAUGUAAAUCAGUGUCACGGUUUUCCAUUUGACUGUAAUGGCGAGGUGAUUCAUCUCUUGUUUUUUCCAGAGGAGGUAACGUGCUAAAUUAGGGUUGAAAUAUUAUACAGAUGUUUUACAAUGUUUUAUAUUGAUUUUGUAUUGGAAUUGAUACUGAAAAAAUAUGAGAUUAACUUGGGUAUAUGUUACUAGUUCCAUUUAUAAAUCUGUGAAUCCCAAAACCUUUUGUUCUUUCUUAUGUGAAUUCUUGUUUUCAUGUUGCUUAUCAUGACAAUCCUUGUUCUUGUUUUUCUAUGUUGUUGUCUAUUGGUAGGCCUUGUAAAUUGCACAAAUAUGCAGUUGUGUUUGGGGUUGAAAAUGAGGCUGUGCAAACAGAGAAUAUGUUUAUGUUGACGAAGCUACAUGUUAAAGUUUCUUUGUUUUUUUUUUUCAGUUACUUUUUAUUUGUGCUCUUGAUUCCAGCCUCAUUUUUUCUUGAACAGUUCUAUAAUCUAUAUGCCAAUAAAUGGAGAAAUAAAUGAG